AUAGUUUGAAAAGUGAGUGACUUUGACUCCUGAAAGAAGAGGAGCAGCUACACACUUCUGAUACACACACGUCUCAUUAUUGGAUACACAGAGAGCUGGAUUCUAUUUUAAUGGCAGCUUGACGUUCCAGAUUAAUGGAUGACAACACCUACUAAAGAGAAUCACAGGGUCAGUUUGCAUUAACCUUCAACACAGAGGAUUCACAAUAACUGCAUAUCAGCAUAGGACAGAGUGAAAAGAAACAAGACUACUACCCCUUAGACCAUAUGGACAGAAACAGCUGACAUAAACAGAAAAUAAAGCUGGAAAAUCCAAGACAGAAUCAUUUGAUUAGCUCCUGUAUAUAGGUCAUCAUAAGUGUUAACCAUCUAUCACCUUCCAGUUUAGGAAUGAUCCAUUUUCCCAUUUUCAAUUUUUAGUUACAACAAACAAUUUUAGUUACAUCUUCUGCUAUGCUUUGUUGCUUUGAAAUUGUCCAUUCAGAAAUCCCCUAAGUUUAUUGCAAACCAAACCAUACCUAAAAAUAUGGAUAUGAAAAUAAUAUUUGUUAUAUGAUUCAGGCUUUAUGUUGAUCCUCUUUUCAUACUAUGUUUGUCAAACCAUAUUUACUUCUUUUUAACUCAUCCAAAAAUAUGCAAUAUCCUGAGAGGUUCAUUUUUAGUGCAGCAAAUAGCAAUUGUUGUUAUUGUUGUUGUUGUUGUUUUUUUUGUUGUUUUUUUUUUGUAAAUCUGUAGAGGUAUCGAUUACUUUCUGCAUGUUCCAUUUUCUCUCAGCUUGCCCUUUUUAGUAUCUCUGGCCUCGUUUUAACAAGCUCCUGUCAGACAUUAGAGAGUAAAUGUUCUCCUAAAUAGCCUACCUGCAUUUGAUGAAUAGAUGCUAAAUAUGAAUGAUUGCAUUUUCAAAAGACCUAAAAGGCAGACUUUUGUGGUGCAUGCUGUUUUAACCAAUGGAAGUGCUAAACAUUCAUCAUAAGGUCAUAAUUCCCUUCUUUUUUUUUUUUGAUACAUGCGUCUUGCUUUUGUAUUUUUAUUCUGUAUAAACCCCUUUUUUCCAUGUUGUUAUUUCUCAGUUUGGCUACAUAACAUAAACUCAAUCUUCGAUUUCUGUAGUUUGGUUUUAGCUGCUAGAUUGUUUGAGUGUCCUCUUUUCCUAUGAAUGGAAAUUUAGAUAAGGACUUUCUUUAACCUGUAUUUUCUUUUAUUACUUUUUCUGCCACUCAGAGCAUUGGAAUCUAUAAAGGUGGAGCUAAACAAAAGAUGUGCUGCUGCAAACAACUUUUGGACUUUGGGAGAAGGGAGUCAAUUCUAUUGAAACUAAAUCAAAGAGGACAGCGAAUCAGGUCCAUGAUUUGAUUUGGUGGGGAGUUUUUUGUGUGCGUGCUUGUUCCCCCCUACAUUAUGGCGAUGUGUAUUUUGUUAGUUUGCUAUGAUCUGUAUGCUCCACAAGUGUCAGCUGAAAACACCCAGUGAGUAACUGUUAUACUACACACUGUGUAAGUGCUAUUUCACUGUAAGGAUAAAACAAACAGCACUGAAAUACUUCAUGUGUUUAUAGUGAUUCCAUGUUUGUGUUGUGUUUUUAAACAUCUCUCUAUCCUGCAAAGGAAGGUGAAGAAAUCAUGGAGGGUUUGUAUAGGCAUGCUGUUUUUUUUGUUGUUUUUUUUCUGGUUUCCUCCAUUUUUCCUUGUUACCAUAAACUGUAACUUUCCUUUGUUUGCCAUAAGACUCGAAACUUAUUUCAGUGCUUCUCUCAGUCUGCUUUCCUCUUGUGCUAUUCAUUGUCCUUUUUUUAAAUGGCUCUUUUAUAUGUUUUAGUCCUGCCUAAACCAAACCUUGUGUUUGUCCCUUCAGAUUUCUGUUGAAUUAGCUCCUCACAUGCCAUACUCAUGCACUGACAGUCCAGUCCCAUAUCUCCACUUUUAAAUACAGUGAAGUUGCUGUUAGAAUUUGUGUUAAUAGUACAGACUUAUUCUGACCUCCAGUGAGAUGAUAGAUGUAAUACAAUACACUUGGAUAAAAUCUUAUCCAGAUGAGACUGGUGUUUUCAAAAUGGUUUGUUGAUGCUGCUGCUUAGGUCAUGUUGUUGAUUGUUUUUUCCAGCGUCUUGGCUACAGUCCUAGCUUGUCUCUGAACUGAAAUGUGAACGAAAUAUUCCAGUCAAUAUUUUCAGAAGUAAAGAAAAACUGACUGGUUUGUAUAUCAUGGUGAACCAUCACAAAAACAUAUUUUGAUUAUCCAGGGUUUUUUUAAGAUAAUUUUUGAAACUGUUUUUUUUUUUUUUUCAACAUUUUCUGCAACGUGAGGAUGAACUCAAAAAUAGCUUCACAUAUGCAUCUUUUUUGAUGUACACUUCAUGCACACAUUUAUAUGUUUAUAUGCACAUAUAUGUUACCAGAUAAAACAAUUCUUCCUUGUACAUUUUCAAUACACCAUCACCUCACUCGGGUUGCGUAGACAAAUCCACACAGUAAUGGGAGCUGCACGUGUCAAGCGGCGUUUCAGCGCUGUAGUAGACACUCCUCUUAAUGAGGAAGAAGUCAUGAAGCUGGCUCAGAGUGAUGAUGUCACUGGAGCCUGUACAGGAGAUCUCUCUUCUCCAACUUGCAAUGGCAAGCUACUUAACCAAAACAAUGGAGGACCAGGGAGGCUCUCUGAGAGAAACGAGGAAGAUGAUGAUGAUCACGAUGACAAUGAUGGAGGAAGAUGGAGAGGAAGAGAAGGAGGCUGUGGCUUCAUGCUUGAGGGUGUGACUAGGAGAGAAGGCGGUGGGUGGGAGCGAGUUGAAAGGACUUUCUCUGUCUCCCCUUCCUUGUCUACCCCUCUUACUGCCCAACAUCACUUCCAGCAUCGCAACCGAUUUGUGGGCAAAGAUGGCCGCUGCAACAUCGCUUUCAUCAACAUGAACAAGAGGGGCCAGCGGUACCUUACAGACCUCUUCACCACCUGCGUAGAUAUCCGCUGGCGCUGGAUGCUGGUGGUCUUCACCCUCUCGUUCUUGCUCUCCUGGCUUCUUUUUGGAUUAGUCUUCUGGCUCAUCGCAGCUGCCCAUGGGGACUUAAGUCCCCCACCAUCACCCUCCAUCACCCCCUCCUCAGCUACCUCAUCUUCUUCUUUGGCUUUACCAGAGCAACCAGUGGAUUAUUCCGCAGUGCAGCUGGAGCCUGAGGAGCCACUGGAGCCUGACCACUGUUUUCAGCAGGUGAACAACUUCAUGGCAGCCUUCCUCUUUUCUCUGGAAACACAAACUUCUAUAGGGUAUGGCUCCCGAAGUGUGACUGAGGCCUGCCCCCUGGCGGUGCUUGCUGUCGUUUUGCAGUGCAUUGUGGGCUGCAUCAUCGACGCUUUCAUCAUCGGGGCGGUCAUGGCCAAGAUUGCCAAGCCCAAGAAGCGCAAUGAGACCCUGAUGUUCUCAGAUGUGGCAGUAGUAGCUAUGAGGGAUGGGAAGCUCUGCAUGAUGUGGCGAGUGGGAAACCUACGCAAAAGCCACCUGGUGGAGGCCCACGUCCGAGCACAGCUGCUGAAGCCAAGAGUGACCCCAGAGGGAGAGUUUCUACCUUUGGACCACAAGGACAUUAAUGUGGGCUUUGAUAAAGGAACUGACCGGAUCUUUCUGGUGUCUCCGGUGACCAUUGUGCAUGAGAUCGACGAAGAGAGCCCUUUCUUCGAGAUGGACCGGAAGAUGCUGGAGUCAGAUGAGAAGCUGGAGGUGGUGGUCAUUCUAGAGGGCAUGGUCGAAGCCACUGCCAUGACCACACAGUGCCGCUCUUCUUACAUUGCGUCUGAGAUUCUCUGGGGUCACCACUUUGAGCCUGUGCUCUUCGCAAAGAAAUCUGGCUACCAGGUGGACUACUCAUACUUUAACAGGACGUACGAGGUCCCUGACACGCCAUCCUGCAGUGCUAAAGACCUAGCUGAGAAGAAAUACAUCUUGGGCUCCCAUUCCUCUUUCUGCUACGAGAAUGAAGUGGCUCUGCAGCUCUCCUCCUCUGCCCUUCCCUCCCCCAAUAGCAGCUCUCCAUCCCCCUCUUCCCCUCCUACACCCUUUCUUUUCACUCCUAGAGGAGGCACCUGCACUGAACACCCGCAUACACACACUCACACUCAGCAAGGGGGUCAAAGUGGAGAAUUAGGGUCACAGAGAGUGUGAAUAGGGAAUACAGGGAGAGCUGGAGGCAGUAGGGUUUCAUGAGGACAGGGAGAAAGUUGAUACAAUGGACAAAAAUUCCGACCGGGGACAGAAAGGAGAAGGAAACUGAUUAAUGAUAGGGGUCAAAAUCAGGAGGAAUAGGAUACAUAGAGAGAGUGAAGAAAAUGUGGAAGUAGUGCGCUUUUCUUUUUCUUGGCUGUGACAGCAAGCAAGAAAUUAAAAAUAUCAAAAGCUUGAACAUAAAUAUCAACACAUUGCUGAAGCCUAAUAGAAAAAAACUGCAGUCCACAUUACGAGAGUUAGACAGAGUAGAGAGUGUUAGAGUGAAGGAUGAAUUAAACAAGCACAUUCCUCACUUCCAGAUAAUAAGUAUAAUUGACAAAGGAUUUGUUCAGAUUUGUUCAGACAUGUCCAGAAAAUCUGUGUUUGCACAAAUGAGGGAGAUUCAGUUAAUUAAUGACAACUGGGUCAAAACAGAAAACUAGGGACAGAGAGAAAUUGACAGAAUGAAAGCAGUUUGGGGGAGUGAUAGAGAGGCAUACGGGGAGGGUUUCCCAGGGCUAUUUUAGGAUGAGGAGGGUUGCAACACUGGCCCACUUGGCUGAUUGGACGUGGCAAUCUUUCAAAGUCAGUGUCACUGAUCACAGAGUUCCAGUUGUGGUACAGAUACACAACAGUGAUCCCUUAUGGCUGUAACAAGUAACUGCACCUCAGAAUGAAAGCCUCCUUUUUAGAUUACAGGUUAAAUCAAGUUCAAAACUGUGUUUCCAGGAUGAUGGUGUGACAGAGAAUGCACAAAUGUGUGGAAAAACAACACAUCAGUACAAUACAGUAAGUGCACAGAACAGUGUCGGACAUCACACGGUGACUACACGGAGCAGCAGGAACAUUAACAGAAUCAACUGUUCAAUGGACACAAGAUCAGAAACAUCCAUAGGUGUGUGUAGCAGCAUAUAGAGUACAUUUUUUAAUGCACAGCCUCUCAUGGACCUGGCGUGUAACUUAUUUACUCAUUUACUGAGUCAUUCACUUUUAGCAGGCUGAAGUUCUACAAGAAGAUUUAUUAAGCCAAAAGCAUAACAGACCCACAGAUGGUAGGAGUGGUGGAGCCAGUGCCCUAUUUCAAACUGUGUUUUCUUCAGUUUGAUAAUGCUAUGUUUAGGCUAUUUGGGAAAAUGGAACUAAUUAGAAUAUAAAUAGCAGACGUGAAACUUAAUAUGUAACUACACUGGAUCUUUGACAAACUAAAUAUACUAUAUGUUUUUGCAUACAAUCACUUAUUUACUACACGUGAUUUGGAACAUAUUCAAAAGAAAUGAAUUUUUAGAUGUUAUCUUUUGUAAUGAGAAUGAGCACUACACUUAAUGAGAAAUUAAGCUAGCACUACUGUGUACCAACACACCACUUGAGAUCAGCAACACUUGACCUUUAUUCAGGAUAUUCAACAAAUAAAAAUGUUCAGUGUUUAACUAAACACACACCACAACUUUUGCACAUUUGUCUGACAGCAUUGUUGCUUUAUGUGCGUCAGGGAAGAACAGAUGUGUCUGACAGUUUAGAAACCAAAAGGACUCAGUGGAAGAGUUCAUCUGUGCAUAUGACCAUCUACUGCUGUUUAUCUGAACUGCUUUCAUGCUUUGUUAGCUUUAGGACUUUCUGUAGUGUUGAGCGCUCCAGGACAACAGAAACUGGUAGCUAUAGACACAGUUUUAUUUACACUUUGAUAAUGUUUGUAGCUUAUGUUGCUAUGAGGUUUCUUUUUAUUUUUCUUAAAAUUUUUUUUUAAAAAACCCUUACACGCAAAUGCCCAGAAUGUUGAUGAACAGGUCAGGCAGGGGAAGGGGUGGUGGAAGGGAACUAAUUUAUUACAAAUUACAAAUUUCACCUUUUCAAUAUAUUUUGGGCCAGCAAUUUUGCACUUUGUUGUGCGUAUCAAAUGCAAUAUUCAAUAAGGCUAUGACAAAUAUUAAUUUAGUCGACAUUGUGUCUACUAAAUACAGAUUUGUUCCUGUAUUGCCCUGUGAAUUCAAGUGUUCAAAUUUGCACUGUAAAGCAAAUGUAACUGUAUUUUAGUAUUAAUGUGAUGGAGAAUUUGGUGAAAUUUCUAGAUAAAUAGCAUUGAACAUGUUUGUUGUCAUGGUAUUUUUGUAUUUUGCUGUUUAUUGUGUGAGUAUGUCUGUUUUUGUGUGUGUGUGUAUGUGUGUGUGUGUGUGUGUGUGUGUGUGUGUGUGUGUGUGUCUAAGUCUAAUCUUUCAGUUGAACCUAAGUUCUUGUCAUAAAUGAUCAGAUCAGAUGCUUCCCAUGUGCACACCUUUUUAUGGCAACUCCACUCUAUUUUCUAUUUUCCACAACCUGAACACACCAUGGCACUUACACUAAUGCAUUUCUCCUAAUGUACUACUGACACAUUGUUAUAUAGACUUUGUAGCAAACAAUUUUACAGAAGAUCUAUAAUGCAAAUAAAACAUGAGUUUUAUUGCUA